UGCAGGGGAGAGGUGAUAAUGACUUCCUAUCAAGAGUUAACGGCCGAAGGGGAGAGUAGCCCUCUGUUCACGGGCUGCUGCCGAGCAAAAGAGGUCAUAAACGGGGACCUAGACUGCGGGACUCAUCCUGAACUCCACAGUCGUGAUGAGGAGGGGAAACUGGAGGCUGAAGUUGCCUCAGGAUUUAAUACUCCGCAACCCCGGUAUUUAACUCUCUCCAACAGUUUCACUCUGUGCACCUCUUUGGACAGCCCUCCUCCUCCACCACCGUGUGAGACUCUCGAGGGCUUCUCGACACCGGCCUGCCCACACUCGUCCCGUGUCCCCUGGCGGCGCAGGGCGCAGAGGCAGGGCUCCCCAGGACUCGGAUACUGCGCAUCAAAUAACAACGAACCGCUACAAUCCGCUUUUGGGUCGCUUGCAGAGCAAAUUCAAAUAUAUUCUCAUAAUGGCCCCGAGAUUAACGUCGCCGUGGGAAGUUCGGCCAGCGCGGACUGUAAAGCCGCUGAUGUGGAAGUAAACAGUAAAACUUUCGAGUGGAUGAGAGUGAAGAGGAGUCAGCACCGGGCGGCCAGGGUGCACAUGACCUGUGGGUUCUGUAUUGUUGGCUCAGGCCUUGGUGCUGUGGAGGCUGGAAGCAGCAGCAUCUGCACGGAUGGCCAUCCCACGAUGAACGGGCCCCCGAGGACCAUCUUCAGCACCAAGCAGCUGACCGAGCUGGAGAAAGAGUUCCACUUCAACAAGUACCUGACGCGGGCAAGGCGGGUCGAGGUCGCCAGCGCCCUGCAGCUCAGCGAGACGCAGGUGAAAGUUUGGUUUCAGAACAGACGCAUGAAGCAGAAGAAAUUACAGCGAGACGGGCUGCUCUCCGACCCAGGGCCGGACACCUGCCGCUCUCCUGGACCGUCCUCGCCGAAACACAAGACCCUGGACUCCUGAUCCGCAGGAGCUGCAUCAUGGCGCUACACAGCGAGGGCGCCUGUGUGCAGAUGUUUUGAUUCCAGUUUGCAUCGGUUUCAAUCAGGCUUCACCUUUAUUUGCUUACCACGAUGGAUGCUUAUUGCAAGAAGCGCGAUGGCAAGCUUCUUCAUGCAAGAACGGGUCAAAACAAUUUGUCAUCCUCCCCGGCUUCUCGACUGGCGUUCUGAUUUGAAUAUUAAAAUUCAAGUCAUUCCAUUGCUCUCCUGUCUACACAAAGCAAACGAAGAAACAAAAUUAUAUUAAUUGUCCAUAGAAACUGUGGCAGACUAUUUGCUUAUUUAUUUUAUAUAUUUAUAUUAUUGAAUAUAUCUAUUACACAGGACGUGUACUUCCUUGUUGUUUUAAAAAUAACAAAACUUAUUAUUUAAGGUCUACAUUUGAAAAUCAUAAAGUAAAUACAUUUUUGAUAGGUUUUACUAAUUAUUCUAUCAAAUCUCACUGUUGCAUUUUCAAUCAAUUCAAGUUCCACGCAUUAUGUAAUAUGCGCAUUACGCAUUUUAAACAUUAUUUCCCCCCCUAUUUCUUAAAAAAUAUGUUUGUCUGUUUGCCCACAUUUGAGGGAAAAGUCAGAUUCACCUGUUGUAGAUGUCUACAACAGGUAUAUAGGCUAUUUUACGUGAGGUGUUUGCAGAUAACAGGUUAAUUUAGCACAGCUUCCAUGCUGCUGCAAUGUUGUAUAUUCAGUCCGGUUUUAAAGUUUUCAUUAUCCUUCGUCCACGGAGGGAUUAAAAUGCCAUGAUUGACUGAUAGAUUUAUCGACCGCUCGUAUUAGGUGUAUUGAUCCGCGGUGAUUCAUCUAUUUGAGGCACAAAUCUGAGAGCGUUUGCAUGCAUCUGUAACUGCAUGUUAAUGGAAUGUAGAAACAUCACGGCCGGGAGUUGUUGUGUCUUUUAUUACCCCGAUACAUGCGUCUGAAAAUGAUAAUUUAGCUUGAACACUCAUGCGGGAGAGCAGACAAUAAAACGCUGUCUGUGUUGUUUUGCAGAACAACCAAUAAAUUGUGUGGCCCCACCAGUUAUAGGAACUAAAUAUUCCUUCCAGAUUCACAUUUCACCUCAUAUAAAAUAAAUGAUUGUAAGCUCGGCCCUUAAACAGUUACCCCCCCACCCACCCCCACCCCCAUCGCAAGGCGUUCCUGACAUGUUAAUGUCUACUCUAAUAUCAAGAUAUGGGCCAUCAGCCAUGUUAAUUCUAUGUGGGAAUGUAUGGGGAAUAUUUUCGUUUACCUUUCAAUUAGCAGUGUUUGCACCGGAUGUGAAAGUAACAAGAUCCAAAGCAGACAUUAAUGACAACAAAGGAAUUAAACUUAAAGCUUGAUGUGUUAAUAAUAAUACUAAUAAAAAAGCUACAAUGAACAUUAAUUAAUAAGGUCUGUUUUAAAGCUUUAACAGGUGUUCUCAUUGGCAUUUGUCCUGUAAAUAUAAUACUGCUAAUAAUACAAUAAUUACACAUUAGACAUUAGACUGUUGCACCUCUGGGUACAGGAGUGGACACAGAGGCUGCAAGGCCAAGCUAAUAUAUGCAGUUACACCAGAGCUCACCUCUCACCUCUUGACCCUUGUCUUGCCUCGGGACAACGCUGACCCGGUCAGCGGCUCAGAGAGAGAAAGAUGCACCAUUAAUUUGGGUGACCUCGAAGUUUGAGCUUUUUCUCUUUCUCUUUUUUCCCCACAACUCUGAACGCUUUUGUUCUGGUGGUGGGUCUCUGUGUCCACACAAUAAUAUUUCAUCAAGCUGAAUAGAGGGGCGACCAGGCCAUAUGAUAAUUGUUCAUAGUAUAAUUCCAUACCAGGCCACAUAAUGCAUUUUUUUCCUACACCUAGAGCUAACCUAAUUUUUGCCCCAUCUAGUAUUUUAAUAAGCCAAAAAAUGUGCUCCUGGCUCACUUUAUAAACUGGAUGAAAGAGUCUUUUCACCCAGUAGGUUUUUGGAGAAGACUACAGGUUUAUUUUUAAUAGCAAAGUUGAAAAAUUAAAGUUACCGGAGCAUACUUAACACUUAAUAUGAUUCCAUGUCAGAGCCAGCAUAAACAAAAUUAUCCAUUACAUGCCUGCUGCUUAUAUAUUUCAUGCAUAUCUGCUUGAAUAAUUUUAAAAGAAUUUAGACAUUAAUCCCACUCCAAACAAUAUCUUUUAUAAAAGUUCAAACUCAAAGAUCUCCAGAGGAGCUUUUGACAGUACAAACAUUUAAAAGUAUUAUUUUGUAAUUGAUAAGAAGGAUUUUACAUGUAAGCUAGACUAAAAAUGUGUUGAACCCAAUUUAUUUCAAAUUUGCAUUUAGGCAAAAUACACACCAUUAAGGCCGCCUUACUCUAAACAAAAUAGUACAAGUGGAAUGUUUGACAAAAACAUCCAAUGUGUCCGUCUUGUUUUAAUGCAAAUAAGUGUGCAUUUGUGAAGGUUAUGAGUGUGAUGAUGAUAACAAUGAAAUGUGAUGAUAAAGCCUGUGAAUUUAAAAAUGGUCUCUUGCGUCCACUGUUCCUAUUGAGAAGUGUGUUAGGUUGACCUUAUUAGAAACUCUUUUAUCAUCUUGUGCAAAUAUGUUCCCUUGCCACAGGGCUUCAAGUUAAAGGUUGUAAUGUGCACAGAGGAUGCUUGCAUGUGUGCACUCAGAGAUUUUAAAAGUUCCAAACUUAUUUCAUUACACUUUCUACUGUAUAAUAUAUUCACUUAGAAAUACACAACAAUUUAAAAAUGUAGCAAGAAAAUAUGAGGAAGGAAAAAAGCCUAAUGUAAAUUAUAGGGAUGAAGGUGAAAAGAAAGAGUUGAUUUGUUUUGGGUGAACUAUCACUUUAAUUUCAUUUGUGGCAGCUUCAGCCUUUGCAUCUCAAUUGAUGAAAGGCGAACCGCAUUGUUUGUUCAGACCUGACAUUUAGUUCGAAAGCAUCUGAGUGUGACUCUACUCUGAUGAAUUUGUGCUGCUCUGUAAUUCCUUCCUGAAGAUGUACGGUUGGUUCACAAGACUGACAGCUGUGCUGUUCUUAAACGCAAGCAAACACAUGGCAAAUGGAAGGAAAAUAAAACCAAAAUAACUCAGCUCGAAAUGUAUUGCUGCCACAGGUAGCAGCAGUGGUGACAUUGAACAAGUUAGAAUUUUCUUCACCUUUAUUUUUCUUUUCCCUUCCUUCCCAGCAAUCAUUUUUCACAAUGUAAUUCAUUCCAAAAUUUAUUUUAUUAACUCAAUCAUUUAAACAAAUAAGAAACAUAUUUAUAAUGUUCAAGUAGAAAAGCUCAAACUGAUUUGUAAAAGUAAAGUUACCUGCUACAUGCUUUUGAUAAAACACUCCAAUUAAGAUAUCAAACUAAAACCAAUGAAAUAGUAGUUCAUGAUGAAUGAGGCUAUUGACAGUCUCAAUUUUCUUCUGUAUUGUCUUCUAUUGCAAGUUAGCUGAUGUGGGCAGCUGUUACUCCCGAGGAGCGCUGCGUGCAUGAGCAAUGAGAGAGCAUAUGCGGCUUACAGAAUAUCUUACAUUACAUUUUAAAUUAACACAUAUAAGUGGGUUCCUCCUGAGCUCAUUGUAAUUAAUGCUAAGUUGACCUAAAAUUAACUUAAUGCAUAAUAUGCAUGUAAUAUCCUCACCGGUGCUCAGGGGAAUAAAAUCAAUUGAUCAAGUUAAGCUCUUUCUAACUCUGUGUGAAGCACUUAUAGAUAACUCUGUUGUUGUUGUAAUUAUAGAUCAUUUGAAUGCUCUCCUCGUUUUUUAGAUUUUCUGCUCAUCUGAUUUUACUGUUUUUCUUUAUUUGCAAAGACUUUCAUGCACUAUUAGUCUUUUUGAUCUGGCUCAUUCACGUAUUUGACUGCCAAACAAUUUGUAGAUCAAGAAAGUUGAAAUGAAGUGCACCUGCUUUUGUGAGAGUGUGUGUGCCUAUGCAUAUUUGGAGGCCCUGUGUACAAUUACACAAAUAUGUGUUUUGUUUCCUAGGUGCUACUA